AUGUUCCAGCAAGAUGAUAUGAACGAAUGCGUUCUCAAUCUCUCCCAAGACAACGGAGGAAGCAAGAGCGAAUUCAAAAUCGGAGAAGCUUGGAACAGUUUGAAAACGAAAAGUCCUUCCGCUACUCGAAGAACCCCGCUGAAACGAAAACGAAUAGAAAAGAUUGAGCCUGAAAGUGAUUCAAACGAUGGAUCCUCUGGACCGACGGUGUUCGAGCCCGACUUGCAUUGUAGUAUCUGUGUGAACAUGUUCAAAGAGCCCCAUGUUACUCGAUGUGGACAUACUUUUUGCAGAGGAUGCUUGUCCCGGUCACUGGCUAUAUCGCCGAAAUGCCCAAAAUGCGACACUCAUGUUUCCAAAAAUGACCAUUUUCCAAACCACGCUAUAAACGACAUGAUCCGCGUUAGACACAGAAAUAAGAAACACCUAGAGCACAUGACGAUUGACCAGAUCGUUAACUUGCCUGGGAACAUUCCACUGGAUUCGAUCACUUCGAUAAUCGACGCCCUCCAAGAGCGUCGAGAAGUCGUUGAAGACCGCCAGCAAAGAAUUCACAACCACAUGCUUCACCAUUUUCUAAACAAAAUGAAGAUGAUGAAGCAAACGGAACUGGAUAAUCUCCGUCGUGAAAUAAAAACGAUUGAAGGAGACCUCGAAAUCGCCGAGAGAAACGUUCGCAACUCGGCUGACAGUGAGAAUGCACUUGUUCCAGACGCUGAUCGACCGGAUGUGAUGAGUUUAGUCGACUCAAGCUCAAGCAGAAGACGGCGGCUCGAUCACCACUUCGCUGAUCUGACUAGAUCGUACAUCGAAAACCGCUGCGCGAUAACAGAAAAGUUUACCCUAGAUGAUUUUUCGCACGAGUUGUCGAGAUUCACUGCCUACGAAAGAUUGCGACCUCUGGCAACGCUGCAAUACUCAAACGAAAAUAUCCAACAGAGCUCCAUCGUAUCUAGCAUUGAUUUCGACUGUGAUUCUGACUACUUUGCCGUGGCUGGUGUGACGAAGAAAAUCAAAAUUUAUGAUUACCACAAUGUGAUUAGCAACUCCGUAAGCACCUUCCACUUGCCGAUUCACGAGAUGAGCUGUCAAAAUAAGAUAUCAUGCGUCGUGUGGAACAAAUACCACAAAAACAAGCUUGCUUCCUCCGAUUACGACGGACUUAUUUCGAUCUGGGAUACCGUGUCCGGAAAGCAGACGGAGAAGUUCAAGGAGCACGAGAAGCGCUGUUGGAGCGUCGACUUUAACACGGUCGACCCCAAGAUUCUUGCUUCUGGCUCAGAUGAUGCAAAAGUUCGGAUAUGGGCUCUAGGAAUGCCCAAUGCGAUCACUACUAUUGAAGCAAAGGCGAAUGUCUGCUGCGUUCAAUUUAACCCCCAUACAAGUAUGCACGUUGCUUUCGGAUCAGCGGAUCACUGCGUUCACUACUACGACAUUCGUCGAUCAGACACACCCUUGAAGAUCUACAAAGGCCACAAGAAAGCUGUUUCUUACGUUAAAUUCUGCGACGAAAACACGAUCGUCUCUGCUUCGACGGAUUCUCAACUGAAACUGUGGAAGUGCGACGAGACUAGUCCUCAAUUCACCCUUUCUGGUCAUCAAAACGAACGAAAUUUUGUCGGCUUAGCGACCGACGGCGACUACAUUGCAUGCGGAUCAGAGGACAACAGUCUCUACGUCUAUUAUAAAGGGCUCCAAAGUCCGCUGAUGAAGUACGAGUUUAACUUGAAGCGCUCCCUUCUGAACGAUUUGCAAAGCAACCGCGAUGACUCGCAGUUCCUCUCCGCCGUGGCUUGGCGUCCAAGGUCUACCACUUUACUCGCCGCAAACUCUCAAGGCAUCAUCAAAGUCCUCUCCCUUGCCUGA